AUGGACGACCAUCAAAAUGAGGCCACGGCCAACAUUGAAGAUCUUUCCAACAGGGUCAAUGGUCUGAAUAUCAGUGGCAAAAAAAUGAGAAGACGGCCUCGCAAGUCUCUCGACGAAGCCUUGCGCAGUUUCGACGACACAGCUGUUGCUUUCACAGAGCAGGCAAAUACCGUCGUCAAAUUGCUUGGCACUGACGGUGAACUAAACAGAGCAGACGUUGAGUCCAUUUGCCUCGUACGAACCAGGGGUAUUCAGCUUGCUCGACUUGCACAACUGCUUAGCGACUCUGCAAUCCCAGCUCUUGUCGGACAAGUCAUCUGCUUGGACACCGAGACGUCACUUGCCGUAGGUGACCUCCUAGAAUAUUUCAAGAAACCGAUAGAAAAUAUCACACAGAGAGUUAUCGAGACAUCAGGGAGUAAGGGCGUUCUACAGAAGAUUGCCGAGGAAUGCUAUCAUGAAGCUACAAGCCCUACGGGUAAGCUUAAUCCUGAUGAUUAUCUUGCCACUAGCAAAUGGGCAGAGAGCAAAGACAGAAGGGAAAAUUGGAUCAAAUUCUGGACCAGAUCGCUCUGCAACUGCCCCGGUGGUCCGACACUGUUUCAGCCCAAGGAGGACUCUGUCACGAAGUCUCCAACUCAAACCGCGCCGUACCUUUUCCGAGCAUGGGACAACAACAGCACGGGCGCCAACGGCGAAGAUGUCAUCGCCUCCAUACUUAGCAAGGGCGACAAAGCGAAUCGCCACAAGAUUGACAUUUUUUCAAUGGAUUAUCAAAAGGCUUCGGAAAUGCUGCAUCAUCAUUUGAGCAAGGGUGCCUUUAGUAGUCUUGUGACGGACAAUCUUGUCUCGUGGAGCAGCUCUCUCAUGUUUGUGAUACAGUAUGCCAACUGGAGAUUGUGCAACACGUGGCGCAACCCGCAAGAUGAUAUUCACAUAUGCGCUGUGGAUACAGCAAAGUUUCCGCGAGGUCAGUUCGCAAGAGAUAUGUGGCUGUUUAAGUCAUUCCGGAACGCAAAGUUCAGACGGAGUUGCGGAUCCGCCGUCUUCGACUUGAUGGAACAGAUUAUGAUAACGGAGAAUACCUCUCCCAAGGAAUCAUUUACCUCCGAAGACGGUCAAUCACUUCAUCCGUGCUAG